UUCCACUCUGCAGAGAGUUAGCCAAUGAGGAGUGUGGCAGCAGCCGCUAAUGUGUCCACUACAGCAUUCUAGCAUCGGGCUUACAGGUCAACAGGGCACAUUGUAACGAGCCGAGCAGGUCUGUGUGUCCCAGUCAGGAGCAGCCGUGGACUGGGGAGUAGAGAGAGGAGGAGCGCAGCGAUGGGAGCUCCAGGUCUCCCCGCUCUUCCAACACCCUCACCCUGAGAUUAAGCUCCGCCUCUCUACGGAGGAGGAGAUGGCGUCCUCCGGGGCCAGGGAAUUCCACCCAUAGUCACCGGCGCCAGUGUCUAGACAGCGGAGGGGGAUUCAUCUUCAGGCAGCCCGGGAUCUACCGUCCCCAUGAAGAAUAAUGUGAUGGUGUCUAAUCCCCAAAUGUGUUGUCAAGAAAUGUUUGGUUUUUCAUUUUUGUUACUCGUCUCUGCUGAUUUGAAUAUGAGUUGAAUUUGUUGAACUUGUAGAUUGUUUAUUGUGGCUGGUCGAUAAUGUUAAGUAAUGUCGAUAAUGUACAAUUUCUUGCAUUUUAAAUGCCUAAGCCACCAGAGCAUUAAGAAAUUAUGCUACAUGAUAAAAAGGCCUAUAAAGAUUGUUUUAAGGAAAGAAAUGUAGUGGUUGGCUGUGGAUGAAGGGGUAAACAACGUGACUUUGAUAUAGAUGUUGCUUUGGCAUACUUACAAAACAAAAAUAAUUACAACUCAAUUUGUUUCAUAUUAUAAUAUAAAUAUAUAUGUCUAUGUAUUCAUGCUCAACGUUAACUGUCUACACUGCUUCACAAAGGCAACCCUUUCAGCUCAGCCUCACCCCAUAUCAUACUUAAAGCUAAAAGUCUAUAGUCUCCCUCAGCAAACAGAGGAGAUGUUCCUCUCCAUUACGACGAAGACAGAUUGAUGACUCCCCAGAUGCCUGAGGGGCUCACUAGGUGCAGAAACAUAAAAACAAACUAGAUCCUCCAUUUCCAUAAAGCACAGAGAAUGUAAAUUAUUGAAAUUAACAUCAUUUAAAUUGCUCUAAAUAUCUAAAUAAGUUAUUAAAGUUAUUUAGAUGUUAACUGCUCGGCUAAUGGGCUGAAUAUUGCUUCCUCUUGAGCAUGAAACAGAGGAAGUUUUCCCCUGUAAAACUUUAUUUGACGAUGGUCUUAUUCCAGUAGGGAUGACCCUGCUCGUAAUAAUUAAUUUCUGUUAUUUGUUCGGACCCGUGCACGGCCUCACGUUGAGGCGUAUAAAAACCACAAAUCCAAUAUAUCUGGAGCUCCCUGGGCAGCCAACGUUAAAACACACUUUAAAGCCAACAUAACACAUUGUCCAGCAAAAUAUAAACAGCUAAGAGAUGUAGACAAUUAAAAUAUGUUCUUACAAAAACCAUAAGACAAAGUCACGUGUGAAAAAGGCUGAGGAUAUACAGUUUGUUCCUCCUUAGCAGUGUACUAGUCGUGUAUCCCCUACUGAAUAUGCGUUAUUCAUAAUAAACACAUAAUGCUGCGUUACUAUUGGCCCUAAAAAAUGAUGCUCUAAUCUGAUUGGAUACUGAGUCUGUGAGAAACUGGAUGUAAGGGUCAGUUGAUGCUUGCACUGCUUAAGUAGAGCCGCGAAGAAACCAUGGUAUGAGUCUGUAAUAAACCAGAUGAAUUUAUUCAAACACCUCGUUGACCUGAAUAUUAUCGUCAUAGGCACACUGUGUGCAAGACCUGAAAAAUAGUUGAGUCGGGCAUCUAGCAGGCCUAGCAUUAUUACAUUUGCAGCAUAAUUGCUGGUUGUUUAUGUUCAAGCAGCCCCUUCUCGUACCCACCGGAUCGUCAUUAAUUCACGUGUUGGCAUGCCGCACCUUCAUCCUCUGUCACAAGCUUCAACCUAACGACCUAUUUAGCAAGGUAUUAAUUAAGAUGCAUGGUUCCUCCUCUGCUGGGACAAUGUAAUGCAAAACAUAUUUAACAUGCAACAUAUGUGUCAUGACUUUUUAAAUGGUAUCAUCACUUGUUGUGAUUAGGCCUAUCAUAAAAGACAAGUGCGGAUGAUAAUCAUAAUCAGAAGCAGCAGCUGUAAAACGGGUUAUAAAUAACUCAAUACACAAGAGCACUCCUGGAAUCCUCGUGUGUCAAUUGCUUCAAACAAAGAUGUGUUUAAUUCCAGAACUAACCCAUAGUCAACAGUUUCAUCCCAUGGCCAGGUUUCUGAAUGAGGUUGCAUACAAAUGAACAUUGAGUGAUGGACUAACACACAUUGGAUGAGGAUGCGGAGAUAAUGAGCUUGGGAGUUAAAGAUGAAACUUCAUUGUCGUCAGGUGGGCACAGAGAGAAGAAAGAGCAGCAGUCAGUAGGAAUGGCGAUGCAAUGCUUACAUUUCUAUAAUUUCUUUUAUAUAAAAUUGGAAUAUCUUAUUUUUCCCUAACCUCUUACUUGUAUUUGUUAUCUUGUUUUUCUUGUGUAUUCCUUUUUUAAGUUUGAAUACUUAACCCAUAGGCCUACUCAGGCAUUCUAGCGGUAGGCCUUAUAGUAGCCUAAGUAAUAGAGAUUUUUUUAUUAUUAUCAGGAAACAAUUUAAUAAUUGAAAAGCCUACGAGGUUUUUAAACCCAAACAAAAAACAAACAUCUAACAAACAAAAACCCAUGGAGGUUUGCAGAUCAACUUUGAAAGUAGUCUUUGGGGGUUGUGAGUCCUUUUUUAAACUGAUCCAACAAUUAAACUGAACAGCAUCUAACCAGCAGGAGUCACACGGGGUCCGCUGCUGCAGAGGGAGAUGAACGCAAAGCGGAAGUCAGAGGAAAAAGGACUGUUUCACAAAAGUAAACCAAACUUUGACAAAGCUUUUUGGGGGGCCGAUAUCGCACCGGCAGUCCGUGAUGAGAGCAGACACGGUUCACACACAGACCCGCCGUGUUUAACCCUCGUCUAAACCGACUCAGUGAGAUGGGACUCCCUACUCUGGAAUUCAGUGAUUCUUUCCUGGAUAGUCCGGAUUUCAGAGAGCGCCUGAAAUGCCAUGAAUUCGAGUUGGAGAGGACGAAUAAAUUCAUCAAAGAUCUGAUCAAAGAUGGGAAUAUGCUGAUCACGGCGUUUAAGAACCUCUCCGCCGCGGUCCAGAAGUUCUCCCAGUCUCUGCAGGAGUUCCAGUUCGAGUGCAUAGGUGACGCCGAAACUGAUGACGAGGUGAACAUCGCCCAGUCGUUCAAGGAGUUCUCCCAGCUCUUGAACACAGUGGAAGAGGAGCGAAGACGACUGAUCCAGAACGCGGACGACGUCCUCAUCACGCCGUUGGAGAAGUUCCGAAAGGAGCAGAUUGGAGCUGCAAAGGAGGGGAAGAAGAAAUUUGACAAGGAAACAGAAAAGUACUACUCAACGCUGGAAAGACACCUCAGCCUGUCGUCCAAAAAGAAAGACUCCUUUCUCCAAGAGGCCGACUCCCAGAUCGAUAAGGAGAGGCAGCUGUUUUACGAUGCCUCGCUCGAAUACGUCUUCAAGAUACAAGAAGUCCAAGAGAAGAAGAAAUUUGAGUUUGUGGAGCCGCUCCUGGCGUUCCUCCAGGGUCUCUUCACCUUCUACCACGAGGGAUACGAGCUGGCUCACGAGCUGGAGCCCUACAAGCAGCAGCUGCAGUUUAACCUGCAGAAUGCGCGGAACAACUUUGUGAGCACCAAGCAGGAGGUGGAGAAGCUGAUGAAGAGGAUGAGGUCGGCAGACCAGGACUACAAACCCCCGGGCCAGUGGACGAUGGAGGGCUUCCUCUACGUCCAGGAGAAACGUCCUCUGGGUUGCACCUGGACCCGUCACUACUGCACCUUCGAGAAGGGCAGUAAGACCUUUACCAUGAGCAGCACUGAGCACAAGUCAGCCGGCAAACAGAACGGUCUCGUUCUGAGCCCGGCGGAGAUGUUCAAGCUCAAGUCUUGCAUCCGCAGGAAGACGGACUCCAUCGACAAGCGCUUCUGCUUCGACGUGGAGGUGGUGGAGAGUCAGGCCCUCUGUCGAGGAACUCUUUUAAGACCCCUACUGUUAUUCGGUAAAGUCCGGCACGGCGUGGUGACGCUACAGGCUCUGUCCGAGACCAACCGUCGUCUCUGGCUGGAAGCCAUGGACGGCAAGGAGCCGAUCUAUAACCUGCCUGCAAUACUGAGCAAGAAGGAGGAAACGUUCCUCAACGAGGCUGGCUUCAACUUUGUGAGGAAAUGCAUCGACCUGGUGGAGAACCGAGGGAUCAACACUCUGGGUCUGUACCGGAUCGGCGGGGUCAACUCCAAGGUGCAGAAACUGAUGAGCACGGCCUUCUCAACCAAAGCGGCGGUGGAUAUGGAUCUGGAUGCUGAGGCCUGGGACAACAAAACCAUCACGAGUGGCCUGAAGAACUACCUCAGGUGUCUGUCUGAGCCCCUAAUGACAUUCAAGCUGCACAAGGACUUCAUUCUGGCUGUCAAGUCGGACGAUCAGAACUACAGAGUGUGUGCUGUCCACGCCCUGGUCCACAAGCUCCCUGACAGGAACAAGGAGAUGCUGGAGCUGCUGAUCCAACACCUCGUCACGGUCUCCACCCAGAGCAAGUUCAACCUGAUGACGGUGUCCAACCUGGGCGUGAUCUUCGGUCCCACGCUGAUGAGGUCACAGGAGGAGACGGUGGCGGCCAUGAUGAACAUCAAGUUCCAGAACAUUGUGAUGGAGAUACUGAUCGAGAACUUUGACAAGGUGUUCCACCAGGAGCCAGACCCCAACGUGCCCCUGCCCACGCCGCAGAGCCGUCCAGAGUCCCGCAGGAACCGGGCCAUCGGCCUCUCCACCCUCCCCCGGAAGCCUCGCAGCCUCUACACCCCCACCCUCUGCCUGGCCGACGUGGACAGUCCCUGUAUAGGCGACACCCUUAGCAGCAGUCCCGGUAGCACACCAAUGGGCAGCAUGGAGUCCCUGUCCUCACACUCCUCUGAGCAGAACCACUUCUCUAAGACCGCCUCGCCCACCCUGCUGGCGGAGCGUGGCCCUGUGGUGGUCCCCCGUCGUCCCUCCUCACCGGGGGGGUCCAACGAAGAGCGUCGGAGCAGUGCCUGGUUCAGCGGUCCCGAGUUCAGCGCGGGUCCGACCGACGGGGAGUCCGACGACACCCUCAGCAUGGCAUCCCUCCCCGGGAGCGUUGAUGGAGGGGGGACCAACAGGUCGACCCCCAAGGGCCCCGUGAAGGCCCCUCACAGCAGCCCCCAGGUGGUUCCCUCCCAGCCAGUCUUACUACCAGCCUCAUCCCUCAGAUCGCUGCUGAUUUCUGAAGGCCGGAGAAGCUGUUCUGGAUCAACCCAGAACCUCUCGGGGCCGGAGCCCAGAGAGAGCUCCCAACCCGCGAACGACCCGGACCUCCCGCCAAAACAAUCCGUGAUCCGCCGGAAGGCGGACGGAACCGUCACCAACGGCUACCAGCGCCCCGGAUCAGUGGUGGCUUCACGAGCAAUGCUAUUUGAAAGUGCCCCAUCAUCGCAGUCGCAACCAGUCGGAAGGGACGCUAAAGCGCUGUAUUCCUGCGAAGCCGAGCACAGCCAUGAGCUGAGCUUCCCACAGGGGGCGAUGUUCACAAACGUUUACCCUUCCAUCGAACCGGGCUGGCUCCAAGCGACACUGGAUGGCAAGACGGGUCUGAUACCAGAGAACUAUGUUGUCUACCUUUGACCAGCUGGUAAAAUAUGAACACAUAAAAGCACACAUAUAUGUGUAAACCUUUUUUCAUGGUAUCCAUGGAAACAAGGUAUGAUUUGACUGGUUGUUGUAGAAUCCUUUUUUCACUGCAUUCGAAGCAACAACAACAAAAAAUGGUGGCUGUUUUUAAUAAUAAUAAUGCCAAAAGUACAUACUUCUCACAAUUCAAAUUAUUUGUGUUUACCAACUCCGGCUAUUAUAAGUUGAAGAAGUUUGCGGUUGGUUUUCAGUUGCUCCAUACCCUCUGUAUGAUCAAUAUAAAUCUGUAUUCAUAUUGUUUCACUGUAAUAUAUAAAUAUUGCAUACUAACAAUAUCAACAUCAACAGCACACUCAAAGUCAGCUGAACCUUUUGAACAAUUAUAAGCAGCUUCAUUCAGAAUAGUCAUUUAUUUUGAUAAAAAACGAUUUAUUUCUAAAUAACAAUACAUUUUUAAUAGCAUGGCAAGAUUGGUCCUCUCCUUAGUGUUGAAUUAUCUUUGGCCUGUGUGUUAUAUCUCUCCCUCCAAAUCCCUUUUUGCACUUUCUAUCGUAAACCCAAUGGUACUGUGCAUUUCAGCUUCAAAAAUCUAAUCAAAAAUAUUUACCUCUUCACACUCUGCAUCCCUAUACAUUUUCACAUUCUGUAUAUUUUCUAUUAGAAAGACUAUUGUUUUUAAAAAGUGACGAUGAAAUGUUAAAUUUUUAACAUUAAAUGCUGUUUUGUAACUGUACUCAAUGGUACACCGUUUUAAUAAAGAUGAUUAUAUGGACUUAUGUCAAAUGUGUUAGACAUAUAUCAAUUCAGUCCUGCUUUUACAGUUUCUGCAGCCCAAUGUGGAUACAAAAAUAUCUAUCACCUUGGUAACGCAUCCGCUGAAACAAACAAAGAAGAACUUUGUAUCUUCUCAUAUCUUUUCACUUACAGUGACUCCAAAUUAAGAGCGGUUCUUGUGGAGGUGAACCGAAACAUUCACCACCAUGGUAUUUACGAUGGCUGGCCAAGACCGAGCUGUACUUUUCCGUUUGACUACAUGAGGAUGUGAUGUGUGGCCAUGAACUGUCACUCUGGAAUGCUACUCCCUCGCCACUAUGCGGUGGAUAGCGCAACGAGAAAAGCACAUUAGUGAUUGAAUCACUCAAGAGGCUUGUUGCCCUUUAAACAACACACCUACCAAUGUAACUGUGUGACUCAUCCUCCAUGUUUCUGUUGUUUUUAAUGAGUCCAGAGAAAGAUGGUGGACAAGACAUGGUAACGCAAUCCACUUAACGCUUUAAGCAGCGGGUACGCAGGAUUAAUUCCCUGCGUCAUUAUUCGAUGACACUGAAACAAUUGGUAUCAGCAGCCUUCAGUAAAAAGCUUAUAGCGGGUGGUGUUUGCCGGGUGGAUCAAAGGGCGAGUUUUUUUUGUUUGAUAAUAAGAAACUAAUAAAGGCUUUGAUUGAAGUGUGUUUCAUGGAGCUGUUCCCUGGAGUGAGGCAAUUUUCUGUUUUUGUACUUGGACGCAACCGCUGGUCACUCUCUUUCGCUCUUCUUUUUCUCCUCGCUCUCGUUCUUGUUUUCUCUCGCUGUUUCCACCAUUUAGAUGUAAUUAUUCUCUGUGUCUAUCUAUGGCGAUCUAUGACCUUCAUCGGAACAGCAGAGAGCCUGGCCUGCAAAUCUUCAUUUAACAUUUUUCUCGGUGGGGGCAAUCAAGGGUCCUGACCGAAUCCUGUCGAUUAAAUUUUUUAUGUCUGUCCCUGUCCAUCCCUAACCCUUUCCUAAAAUAUUAAAUAUAAUAAUAUAAAAAAAGGUCAAAACAUUUCUCUGCUUCAAAAGAUCCCGCAAAAUAUAUCUUAACAUUUUACAAAGAUAUUUUCGUAAAGUUAAUGUAACACAAUUCUGGGAUGAAGAAUAAAACCGCCUUCUUCAGGUUGUGCUAUAACGAAGCUGACAAAGAGGGCCGCUGAUGAAGAUGGUGUCUGUGCAAGGUUGGUUUAUUUCCCACCUCACUUGGUGUGGAACAGCAGCGGCUUGACCAUGCCCGCCAGCACCUUGGGCAGCUGGGACGAGAUGACCUCGGACAUCAUUUCGGGGAACUCCACCUUCAUGGCGUCCGCCUGGAUGUAGGUGCUCAGGCAGUACAGGUUGACCUUCUUGACGAUCUGAAAAGCCCAAGGUCACGCUGCCAAUUAGCCAGUUGUCGGGCGGGUGCCAGAAAAACUCAUGUACUCCCCUACUCCUGAAUCAUUUACUCCCACCACCCGAGGGGGCAGCGGAGAGCGCUGGGGGGGAGGGAGGGAUAGGGCUGUACAAUUACGUAAUCAAAUUUUUUAAUUUCUAAUCUAACUAAUAUACUAAUCGAGUUGAAACGGUCCUCGGUUACAAAACGUUUUUUUUGGAGAGAAAUGCUGAAUGAAUGAAUCACGUUCUCAAACUCCAAAAAUAAUCGUUUGAAUAAUCGUGAUUUCAAUUCUGACCAAAAUAAUCGUGACUAUGUUUUUUGCCAUAAUCGUGCAGCCCUCGGUAAGAUAAGGCUUGAAGCGUACCUCGUGCAUAGAGUCCAUCAGCUUGGUGAGGUGGUAGAACAGCUGGGAGCUCCCAGCCAUGCCCUUCUCCCGCUGGUGGAUGGCUUUGGUCAGCUCUCGGAUGUAGCUCUGGCGCAUCUCGUCGAAGGCCGCCUGGCUCUUCAGUCCCUCCAGGGGCACUGCAGGAGGGGAGAUUGGGUUGAGGUUAGAG